AUGAUUUGUAAAAAAAAUGGCUCAUCUGUCCCUUUUAACUUGAACUUUAACUUUGUUUUGAUUAUAAAGACAGUAGCAAGAUUAAUAGCAUGGUUGAUUCAGUGGUGUUUAAAACGUUAUUUAGAUGUUCAAGUUAAGGUUGGACAGAUUGGUUUAUUUAGAUUUUCUAAUGUACAAGCUGUUAUUAAACGUGGAUUGAAUGUGGAAAUAGGUCAAGUAUGGUUGUCAAGUUGUUUUGUUAAUCCAGAAAUCAGAAAACCACUGGUCCUGCGUAUUCAGGAAGUAAGAAUACAAGCUAAUAUAGAAAAUGUUGAAACUGGGAGAGAAAGAGAUUCACCACAGCCUGAUGACAGGUCUGCUGCUUCAGCUGAACAAAGGGAGACAAUUCCUAAAUGGUUACACUAUGCCCAGUUUAUUGGAAUUCGAGUGGAAAACCUAACUAUGAUGUUAUUAAAGACUAUGUUACCAGAUAGUUUGAUACAUAUUGAAGGACAAGAUAUCAGUAUAGAUUCUACUGUCACUGAUGAUAGUUUGAACUUAGCAAUACAUUUAUCUGGUGUUAUGUGUAAAGCUUUAAAAUCCCAUGAAGGAAUUCCAGAUGAAGAUUCCACUAGUCAGCAGUGUUUAGCUGAAAUAGGUGUUAGUUUAUUUACAGAGAUAGGAGUUAAUGUUUUAGAUCCUAAACAAUUACAGGUUGUUAGAUUUUUAGUUUCCAAACCACAAAUGAUGAUGACUGAAGGAUUUUUACAAAGUCUUCAGCUGAUAAAUUUUGGUGAAUCAUCAUCUAAUCAAGGACCAGAAACAAGUGAAGAGAGCAAGCCUCUGAAUUUAUCAAGGUUUAAAAGUUUGAAAGAAAUAAGUUUUGACUGCUCUGAUUUAAAUAUGAAGAUAUUAAGGGAAACAAAACAAAGGAGUCUAUCUAUUGGUUUAUCAUUAUUUCAUCUAGGAUUUCACAAUGAAAGUAGAAAUACUCUAGAUUUAUCUUGUAAUAUAGUCUUAGAUGAUUUUCAAACCAGUUCUUCUCAAGCCAGAUUUGCUGGAGUCACUAAAGUUGAACAUAAAAUACAGGUUAUACUCGAUCAUAUAACAACUAUAUCUGUGGUACGUGGUGGUUUCUUUCAUUAUCAUCAUGAUGAAAUACAGUACUGGAUGACAGUUCUAAACAAUAUACUUGACAAUCAAACAUCAAAUACAUCAUAUCGUAGAUUGUCAGCAACCAGACGACCACCAGCAACUUUGAAAUCCAGUAUGAUAGAAUGGCUCAGUAGCAAGAAGAUAAAUUAUGAGAUGAAAUUAUCUGAAUUGUCAACGACUAUAUCAUCAGCAUCCUGUUCAGGUUUACACGGAGGCGUGUCAUUAUUUAAAACAUCAGGCACUAUUAAACCCACCUUUGGUCAUGAAGUUGGUAGUAGUUAUUUAGCUAGUCAUGAUGUUAUAUUUGAAACUGAAGUGAAUUGUGUUUACUGUUGGCAUAUUGAUUCUGGUGUAGCUGUCACUAUACUAGGAAAGAAGAAACAUCAUUGGAAUCAUUUAUUGUAUCUUGAAAUGAUGAUGAUAAAGGUAAAGAAACUCAACCGAAAUUUAAAGAUAGAAGGAAUGAAAGAUAAUCUACAGUUAGAAUGGUCAACUACAACCCUCAAUACACUACUACAGCUCCUGAAUUCAAUCUUUAAAUUAAAACAACAACUACCACUAAAUAUACCUCCAACAGAUGAGAGUUCCAAUCAUGUAGAUUUACCUUCACCUGAGAAGAGUUCCAAUACUGAUGUGAUGUCUUGUAUAUCUCAAGAGCUAUUGACUAUUAAGUUUGAACUAACAAAUGUUAAUUUCUUCUUGUUGAAUGAUUUUAAAGUAUGUUUAAUGUUAAGAACAGACUCUAUCAGUACAGAUUAUCAACAAUGUAAAUCAUCAGUAUCAUUAACUGGUUUAAAAUUAGUUUAUUUACAUCAACAAGAGCCAUAUCAGAGUUUAAGCCGAUCUGUAGAUUUACAGAAACCAGUAGCCAGUAUGAAAGAAAUUAGACUGGUUUAUAAACAUACAGAAAUGGAAUUAACAGUUCAACUAAUGAAGGAAGUUUUAGUGGUCUGGACAACCCAUGCUCACAUGUGUUUUGAUCAAGGUCUUCAAGACUUAAAGAUUCUUUUAAACAGGUUAAAAGGAUUUGCGCAUAAAGAUGUAUCAGAAGUGAAAGUCAGUAACAAAGCACCCAGAAAACUUCAAUUAAAUAUAUUGAUACAUGCUGAUAUAAAUCUUACAGCUAAACUUUCUAAACAACAUCAAGUAACUCUACACACUAAUAGUCUAUUAUUAACUGGUAAAUUACCAAGUUGUUUGAUGGAAAUAAACCAUCUGACUGUAUCUUUUGAUACUAAUGAAAUAUUCAAAUUGAAAAAUCUGGUAUUUGAAACUCUAUCUCCUAGUAUUUUACAACGAGAAAGACAAGCUGUAGGUAAUCUACAACUACCAACAAAUAGAACAUGGGGAAUUUCUAUAGAAAACUUUAGUAUAAUUUUUCCCUACGAUUAUGACUUUGCAGCUUGUUUUGAAGAGGUUGUAAAUACAUUUAAAUGGUUGAAACUUGUACAUAAAAUACAGAGGAAGCCCUUUACAGUGGAUAGUAAAUUACCUCCUGAUCUACGUAUAUUAGUCAAGUUAUUUUGUGUUCAGUUAUCAGAUGAUCCAUUUGAGGUUAAACUUGGUGAUAAUUUUGAAUUGUUAAAAGAUGAAUAUUAUGAAAGUAUCAAUAGAAAAGAUGUAUUAGAUGGUAAAAUUGCUGAAUUACAAAGACAACAUGGCCGCAUACCAGCCAGUAGAGUAGAAGAUCUAUAUACAUCACUAUCUAGAAAGAGUGCUGAUAUAUACGUACAGAGAUCAAAACAAUAUUACAAUACAGCUUCAAUACGUACCAAGUUAUUUACAUGGACUAUGGAAGAGGUGGACAUAACAGCUCUAGCUGACCUCUCAUUUCAUGGUAAAGACAAUGUUGUUAAACAUAUGAAAGAGAUAGACUCUGAUAGUCCAUACCCUGCUGAAGGAUUAGAAUUCUCAACUCUAUGGUGUAGAUCUGUAAGUUUUAGUGUUAAAUUAUGGACUGUGAGAUUAAGAGACUAUCCCUUACCGAUGUUAAAUGUACAGAAUAUGCAUGUUUGGGGUAGAUUUAUUGGUGCUGAACAAGAAGCCACAAAACGUGCCAAAAGAACUUGUGUGGUGGAGGUCAAUAAACCAUGGGGUGAUAUGAAAGUUGAAAGAAGUUUACCUCCUCUGAAAUUUUUUCAUGAUUUUAGCUGUGAUAUGAAGAGUUGGACGAUGGCAUAUGGUGUGUGUUGGGAGGCAGCGUUUGCCCAGUAUAAUAUAUGUUUAGACAUGGUGAAUAAACCAUCCAUAGAUCCUAGUCAACCUUUACCAUUCUGGGAUAAAAUAAGGCUCCUAUUUCAUGGACGGUGGACCAUGUCCAUUGGAAAAAUGAACUGGUUAUAUCAUGCCCAAUUAGAUCCUUUCAAUAAAAAUGAAUUAAUGGAAUGGACGUGGACUAAUGUGGUUUUAGAUUGGACAAAUGGUAAAUUUUUGUUAAAGGGUGACUUAGAUAUUUCUGCUAAAACGGAAUCUAAAUAUGAUGAUUGUAAAAUGUUUCAUUUACCUAAUCUUAGGUUUUGUGUCAGAUUGGAAUGGUUGUGUCCAGGUAAUCCUAAUGAUCAUCAUUCCGUGAUGCCUUGUGCUCCUGAUAAAGUUCCUGAUUAUUCCAUGGAGGCACAUGAUUCAUUCCGAGCCUUUAGAUCUGAGAAAUUGAAUCUAGAUAUUAGUUUAGAAACACAGAAAUCAAAGGAAAAUCCUGAAAAUAUUCCCAGUUGUUAUUUUUAUGCCAGUACUUUAAGAUUUAUGGAGAAAAUAAAGAAUUGUUUAUUGAGUACCACUAGACCUAUAAGACGUGGAAAAUAUUUUAACACAACAUCAAAACGUAAACUUCAACUUAGUAGACAUUACAAAAAAAUAAAGAUGUCAGUAAAUUAUCAUCAGUUUUUGAUUCGAUAUUGGAUGUCGUUUGCUAAACAACAUGGAUUUGAAGUCCUGUCUGACUCCUUUACAUUAAAUAUGUGCAAUAAAUUAACAUUGGUACCAAUAGAAGAUGGAAUGAUACACCGACCUGCAUCUGACUGGAAUGUUCAUCAUCUUAUCUGUAAUCUGGGUAAAACUAAAACAUGGUUGUGUCAAGCUAUGCCUCAAGAUGGUGAAGAUAAUGUGUUAAACAUGUCUAUAAGGGUACCUGCAGAUAAAAGUUUCUUCCUUAGUGUGAACAGUGUGUCAUAUAAAAGAGGAGAGAAAUCAAAGAAAAAUGAAACUAAAGAAGCUGAAGGAGACCAGAUCACACCAACUCACAGUGUUCAUGUGAAUGAAAUGAGAGGAUCAUGGACUAAAAAGAAUCGUACGGUGUUGAUUGGUAUUUAUGAUAGUUAUCAGAAGGCUCAGUCACUGAGAAGAAACUUAUCAUCUGAGGCUCUGAAAGGAUUUAAAGUUGAGGGAAAAGAUCAAGGCAAUAAAGCAACAUCAAUGUCAUCUCUAGUAUCAGGACCACCAGGAAGUCCUGUAGUAGCAACUAGUCCUCUAUCUAAAUUACAAGCAGGCCAUGCCUUAUCAAUGUUAAUGAAACUGGUAUCAGAAUCUGAUAGUAAAUCUGUUGCCUUUACUGAAGAGCCGUCCAGUUCUAAUAUGGAACAGUUACAUGGUGUUAGAGCUUGUCAAACGGAUGAUGUCAUUCAGAAAAAUUGGCUCAUUGAGUUGGACAAUAGUCAGAUUAUAUUAAAAGGUUGUGAAACACCAGGUUAUGUUAUUGUUAGUGCUGCUAAAGCUCAGAUUUUAUCAUGCCGUCAUCAUCCAGUGUGGAGAAACACUCAACUACGAAGUAAAACUACUUGGGUUGGUUCAGUUGAAUGUAUGCAGUACUAUGCCACAGUAGAUCCUGGAGAUGAUUUUGAAGAUGAUGAUAUACCCUGGUUAUCUAAAGAAAAUGUAGAAGAUAGAUUUGAACCUGAUUUGUCUGGUGUACCAGAAAUGGUUGGUAGUGGCCAUAGUGUUGGUGGUGUUAUUAGUAAUACUGUUGGACCUUCAGAUAAGAAAUCAGCAGGAACUAUCCAACUACAACGUAUCAUAUCAAGAUGUAAAUGUCAGUUUUUCUAUGCUAAUUAUGGUGAUGUUAAACCCAAUCAACUUCCAGAAGUUCCUUUACCUAGAACAGAAGACAGUGAUGUAAUGGAAAUGGAAGAAGGAAUUGAUGCCUUUACGAUUUUACAUCAUGAUUUAAAUAUGUGUUCUAACCCAUUACAAUACACUAUUAUAUUAGAUAUAGUUAAUAAUUUGUUGUUGUAUGUUGAACCAAAGGAAAAGGAAGCCAAAGAGAAUUUGCAGAGUAUGAGAUUCCGUUUAGAACUCUCCAGAGUUGAAGAUCAGAAAACACCAAUUCUUCAACUACAAGAGAAGGUCAGAUCAAAAGCUCUUGAAUUACGUAAACAUGAGAAAGAAUUACAUAAAUUACAGAAAGAAAUUUCAGAUGAUUCAGCUUCAGACUUUCAAUUGUUAGAUUUUGGUAAAGAUCUACAGGAACAGUUAAACAGUUGUAAAUCAGAUGUCUAUAAACUAAAUGAAGAAUUAUCAAUAAGAAUCAGUUGUUACAAAGAAAGUCAACUUCAAGUUAAACAACAAAUGAAAAUGGAAAAAGCCCAACAAGUUGAUGUUGUAAGAAGAAAUGAAGUAUGUUUUAAAUUUGCUAAAUGGAGAUUAACAGAAGAAGAUGGUCAACUUGGAAUAACUGAUAUUACUCUCAGAAAUUUUGUCUAUACGAAAGUUAAUAGAGAUGAUGAUACAUGGACUCAUCUAUUAGAGAUAGGAUGGGUGAAGAUGGCUAACCUUCUACCUAAUUCUAUUUAUAAAGAUGUGUUAAUACCUAGAGAUCCUAUAGAAAAAGAGAACAGACAGAUGACUAUCAGAAUACUGUGUAGUGAAAGACCUCCAGUUGGUGGUAUAGCUGUUAAAGAACAUUUUGAAGUCAAUGUUGUUCCUAUGCAGUUACAAUUAACUUAUCAUUUCUAUAAAGCUGUAAUGGCGUUCUUCUUUCCUGACAAAAAUAUAGAAACUGAUGAUCAAGAAGAUGAAAUGGAAGGUCAGAAGAGAAAGAUUGACAAGAAGAAAGACAGUCUGAAAGAAAAAGAGAGGAAAGAAAGAGAGUCAGCCAUGAAGAAAAGCCCAUCAUUUACCAGCACUGAUAAAAUAGAUAUUAUGAAGAUGAGAGCAGCUAGUAAUAAUUCAUUUCUGUACAUCAAAAUACCAGAAUUAUCUGUUAAAGUCAGUUAUAAGGGAAUGAAAGAGAAGAAUAUAGAAGAUGUACAUGAUUUUAGUUUUGUUUUACCCACCAUGGAACACCAUAAUAGAAUCUGGACUUGGUUUGAUGUUUUAAUGGCUGCCAAAAACCACAGUAAACGAACCCUUUUAUCUCAGGCUAUCAAACAAAAGUUACAUAUGAAAGCUAGAACAGAAGAACCACCAUUGACAGAUGUUCAACAAGAAGAAGAUAAAGCUAAAAUGUUACUUGGUGCUAAAUUAUUGGCUGGACAAGAUAAACCUGUCAAGAAAAGUUUAUUCAGUAAAUCACCUAAACAAUGAAGUAGAGGUGAUACCAGUCAGAUAUUCAAACGACAUUCAAAUGUGAGGAGUCUUCACAAACACAAAUAUUUAUGAUAUAUACAAGUGAGAUUGUGAUGUUCAUCUAUAACUGGAUGUUAGUAAAGCAGCCAGCCAGUCAUAAUUCAACAACUUUUUCGUCAUAAUAUGUCAAUCAACAUUGUUGGUUUAAACCUGUGCCAUGUGCAAUGAUGCAUGCUUAAUAGAAUUAAUUCACCUAAAAUAAAAAAAACUUUGUGGCUUAGUCUUUUAUUGAAUAUUUUAAAUCUAAAUUGAUAUAUUGAACUUAAAUUUAUCUUAAAGGGAUUACAAAGAGAUUUCCAAGUUUUAUACUGUAUCAUGGACACUGAUAACAUCAAGUUGCUCUAUUCCAAUUUGUAAUCAGUCUGUGGUUCCUGCAAUUAAACAUAAAAUAAGUGUUGAUGACUAAUUGCAAAAUUUGCUUUAUCACAUAAGGCCCUUAGCGAUUAAGGCCCUUCGUGACAUCAAACACUUACCUUUGGAGGAAUUGCAGAUGUCUGGUUGAAAAAUGUAAUGGCGAAAAUUUUUGACAUCAGUGUCCGCAUACACAUAACAUUUAGAAACCUCUUUACAAUCCAUUCAAUAAACCAAAUUGCCAUUUCCACCUAAUGUGCAUGCUGUGGUAUGAUCAGAAUAUUUUACUUUGAGAUUAAAACUUUAGAUUCUGUAUUUUCCUGUCUAAAUAUUUGUUUUGUUAAUGUUUUCCAAGAUAUAAUGUACUAUAUUACUAAUUAUUAAAUUAUUUUAUUUUAUUUUUAAUACAAUAAACUUUGUCCCUC